AUGGGCAUCACCGACUUCUUCGCGGACCUGUACUCGUCCGUCGUCACUCCCGACGUCGUUGCCGAGGCGCCCAAGGCCGACACGGGCGACGAGCACCAGAGCGGUAAGAACCAAGGAACCUACGGAUCUGGAACCGCGCAGCAGCGAGGAGCGAGCGUGCGCGGCGGGGCUUCCCCCGUCGCCACACCAGCCACCGCCGGAGCGUCCAAGGAGAGUCCGCAAGAGGCCGAAGUCAAUAAAGCUGAUUUGAAGAAAGGCGAGGACGACAAGUCUGAAGACGAACCCGCGGAGGAGGAAGAAGAAGAGGAGGAGGAGGAGGAGGAGCCCGAAGAUAUCAAGGAGAAGCUCGAGGAGGAGUGCGCCGAGUCGAAGGAAUGCCACCCGGCUAAGCACCACUACGACGAGUGCGUUGAGCGCGUGACCAAGCAGAUUGACGACAACGGCAAGGCCGACGAGGACUGCGUUGAGGAGUUCUUCCACCUCGCCCACUGCGCCACCCAAUGCGCCGCCCCCAAGCUCUUCGCUUCCCUGAAGUAA